AAGUGACCGUAGUUGGAAUGGUUGCCAUGGCAGCGGCCGGGGCGCUUGGCUGGGCGCAGGGAAGAUGGCGGUAACCGGUUGGUUGGAGAGUCUCCGGACCGCCGAGAAGACGGCGCUGCUGCAGGACGGGAGAAGGAAGGUGCACUAUUUGUUCCCAGAUGGAAAGGAAAUGGCCGAAGAAUACGAUGAGAAGUCAGGCGAACUACUUGUGAGAAAGUGGCGUGUGAAAAGUACCCUGGGAGCCCUGGGCCAGUGGCAGAUUGAGGUGGGAGAGCCAGCACUCCCAGGAGCAGGGAGCCCGGGGCCUGAAUUCAUCAAGGAAAACAAUGCCAAUCCCAUCUUCAUGCGCAAGGACACCAAGAUGAAUUUCCAGUGGCGGAUUCGAAACCUCCCCUACCCUAAGGAUGUCUACAGUGUCUGUGUGGACCACAAAGAGCGCUGCAUCGUUGUCAGAACCACCAACAAAAAGUACUACAAGAAGUUCUCCAUUCCUGACCUAGACAGACACCAGCUACCUCUGGAUGAGUCCUCGCUGAGCUUUGCUCAUGCCAACUGCACGCUGAUCGUCUCUUACCAGAAGCCAAAGGAGAUCCUGGUGGCUGAGGCAGAGCUUCAGAAGGAGCUAAAGAAAGUGAAGACAGCCCACAGCAGUGAUGGGGACUGUAAGACCCAGUAGCAGCUCCCCCCAAGCCUACACCUCGGGGGCAUGGAGGGGGUGAGACUUUUCCUGUUGGCCCAUGAGACUUUGAGGCUUGGGCCUUUCUGGUGCAAGAAAGCUCCUUGCAGGAGCUAUCCAGCCUCUGUGAGAACUGGGCCUUGGGGUGCUCUUAGCCCCCACAUCAUGGUCUUAUUUCCUAAGUAAAGUCAUUCUGAGUCGUUG